AUGCUCUUCUCGCUCGCUCUAUCCGUGUUCGCCACGCUGGCGGCGGCCCAGCGCCCGGAUCCGGACCCGGGCCGACGCGAUCCCAUCAUCCUCGAACGCUCGGGCGGGUUCAACAUUGGCGGCAAGGUCAUCGACCACCCGACGCGGCCGGCGCAAGACCAGCCUCGUCAUGUGGCACAGCUCCAGCACCCAGACGUGGCAGAACCGGUGGGACGGCGGGCCGGGCUUCAAGGACAUGUUUUUGCGGCGCGACUACCCCGUGUACCUCUGGGACGCGCCACGCCUGGGCCGCGCGGGCUGGAGCUGCGAGCCCUUCAGCUACGCCCCGGACUACCGCGACCAGAGCAACUUUUGGCGUGGAACUUUGGCCCCUCGCCGCUCGACUGGUGGGAGGACGUGCAGUUCCCCACCGAGAACCGCGAGUACUUUUGGGAGCAGGCCACCGGCGGCCGGUACAUUGAGUUCGACAACGUGCCCAACGUCCACAUGCAGUCCGAGGCGGCCGCCAUCUCGGCCGACACGGGUAUGAACGGUGAUAGCAUCGUCUAUCUGACCAACUCCGCCGCCGGCCUGCGCUCCAUGAUGACGGUGGCCAAGAGCAACACCACCAACAUCAAGGGCAUCGUCAUGUACGAGACCGUGGGCAUCGUCUACCCCGAGGGCUACGGCGUCGAGCAGUCCAACGGGCCCUUUGGCCCCUUUGUCAUUCCCCUCGAGGACUUUGAGAAGCUCACCAAGCUCAAGGAGAUCCAGUUCAUCUUUGGCGACCACCGCGAUGAGACUCACCUGUACCUCCAGCAGGCCCGCGAGGUCGCCGCCAUCAUCAACGACCUGGGCGGCAACGCGAGCGUGCUCAAGCUGGGCGAGGACGCUGGGCUUUGGGGUAGCACGCACGUGUCCUUUGCUGACAUGGACAACGACAAGGUGGCGGAGCUGCUUGACGAUUUCUUGGCGCGGAACGGGCUUGAUGAAUAUCAGGAUUAG